CAGCAAAGAAGCUUAUCGCCGCCUCGCCGGCACUGAAGUUGUAGGAGCAGAGGCUGAGAUCGGCCAUGGCUCUUCUCCGCCGCCGCCGCCGUCUCUGCCUCUCCGCUGUCUUCGCUGUCCUCUUGUUCACCGCAGCUCUCGGGACUGGAUUCGCUGCGAUCGCUCAGGCCACGGAAGAGACGACGAGGCCGAAGCGAUCGGCGUUCGCCGUGCUCUUGACUCGGCGGCGACUCGUGGGAUCGUUCCCCCCGUCGUGCCGAGCCCGAUGCGGCCGGUGCUUCCCUUGCCGCCCGGUGCAGGUGGCGAUCCAACAGGCCGGUCGGAUCGUGCCGGAAGAGUACUACCCGGAAGCCUGGCGAUGCGAGUGCGGCAGCAAGCUCUUUAUGCCCUGAACUCCUCUAUUCGAUCUGUGCACAUAAUUGUAAUUCAAGAGUGGAUGAAUUAACAAGAACAAUUCGUUUGUUUGUUUGUUUGGUGACUGUGGAAUAAAAGUUUGCAUGCGCUCUUCGUUUCA